AUGGACCGCGGAGAAUUCCUCUCGGGCUUGAAAGGGAUUACUCAGAUGGCAGAAACAUGGCUAAGUGGAAGUGGGAGAAACCUGACAAGUAACAAGAACGGAAACUUUCCUCAAGGCAAAUUUCCCGGAUUUUACGGGAAAGCGCACUUGUCUUCCCAGGCGCAGCCUCUGUUCACGCGUCCUCAAGACGGGUUCGAAGACCGAAGGCCCAGCUCAGAACGCCCGGACCAGCCUCGCGGGCCCCAGGGGGGAGGUACAGAUGCAGCGCCACGAGUCCGAGGCACCGUCAGAUAUGGCGGUUCACCCACUGGCCCCGAAAGAGCUUGCAGAGUCGGGAAUGAAAGGCGGCGCCCGCGCCUACCUGAGAUCCAUCCCCAGCGGAAACCGACUUUCGAGAGAGAUCUAGGGAAGAACUCCCAGCUGUUACCCUCGGGAUGGGAAAGGCUGUUGUUGUGGCGGCGGGAGAUCAGAGACCUUGUCACUAACGAGGUGGGGGAGGGGAAAGAAUUUCCAACCUCUGAAGUGGAGUUUAAGAACUUUCAUCGCCCCAGCAAGCAGAGGCAACAGAAAAUCCAAGACUGUGUUAAUUCAAGCCUAUUUGGUUUACACACCCUUGUGUACACCCGCAAUCAAUUACGAUAUAGUUAUGCCAGAAAAGUCCGCUUGGUCCAGCAUCACAUAUAUGACCAUUUCAUGGCUAGGAGGAUUUUUGGUCUGGACUAUCUGAAAGACUUCCUCGAUUUUUCACUCCUUUCCUUGUGUAAACCCUGUGGAGACGUCACCAACUGUCCUCGGGGUCAUUGGUACUUCCAAAAAAAGCGGGGGGGGCAAUCGCAGUAUUGCUACCCACUGUUUCCAAAGAAUUCCAGGUAUGCAGAGCAAGUCCGGAAUAAUGUAUUCCUCCGGAGACCAAGAGAGUAAUUCGUUGUCUGCUGUUUCCCCAAGUAGGAGAAAGAAAUUUAUGUCUCUUUUUUGCUUGUUUUAAUAAAUUGCUUCACUGGAAGUUACUCCUUUAGAGAAA